CUCGAGGAGCGUAGAUGUGUGAUCUGUUAAAAAUAUUUUGAAUUACAAAAUGUUCAAGAUUCGAUAUCUGUUUGUAGUGUGUUCGAUAAUCUUACUGACCGAUGCUGCCCCUUUAGACAAGGACAGCGAGGCUACCAUAGUAAAUAACGACUACACAAUCGAUAAAAAGGGAAAUUACAGAUUCAGUUUUAAGACAUCGAAUGGUAUAUCAAGAGAGGAAACAGGAGCAAUUAUCAACACGGGUCAAUCUAAUGAGUUUAUUGCAGUUAGAGGUCGAUAUAGUUACAUUGAUGAAGACGGAAAACAAAUAAUUGUUGAAUACACAGCUAACGAGAACGGAUACAACAUUUUAAAACCAACCCCUGAAGAUAUAAUACCUUUCCCUGCUGCACCUUUACCUGGGAACGUAGUGGCUAGCCUGCUUGGAAAAUAAAACGAGUUUAUAUGGAAAAUGAUUAUAUUGUUUCUGUAUUAAACAACAUAAUCAUUUGUAUUAAACUAAAAUAAAUUUAUAA